AUGGGUGGUUUCUUCAGCGCCUUCACCAACACAGAUUAUGAAAAUGAAUAUCUAAAUCAAACGCAUAAAAUGGAUCCGCAUCCCCCAUUAGCCAUCAGUUUCGCUUUCUUUUCUCUACUCGGAAUCAUCGGAAACAUCGUGCUAAUAAUCUACAUAACCACUCAAAAACUCUAUCAAAACUUCUACUCAUCACAUUUCAUUGCUCAUCUUUGUAUUACGAAUUUGGUCGGAUUGCUAGUUUUGGUGCCAAUUUUGAUGUAUAAUGUGUAUACAGGGGAAAAUCUAUUUAUGUCUAGUCAUUUGUUGUGUAAGAUACAGGUUUGCUCAUUUUUUAAUUGAAAAGAAGACUAGAAAUUUUAUGGGACACACAAAAAACAUACAUUAAUAUUAUUACAACAAAAUAAUUCUUUUGCGGAUGCGAAAAACACCACAUGCCGUGUAUUUUUUUUCAAAAAAAUUCGAUGACAUGGCAUUUUCGUAGAAUAGAAUCAUUUCAAAUCUGGGUUUUGGGGACAAAAAUUACAGAAACCUAAAAAUCUCAAGACAAUCUUCAGAUCACCUGAAAACACUCAAAAGAGCAUCUUAAGUCUUUAAACCUCGAAAGUUUCCUCAAAUUCUUUCUCAAUUUUCAGACUGCUCUAACAGUAACCGUGUGGACAGUAAUGGCAAUGAUGAAUCUAUGCAUAGCUGGUGUUCAUCUUUUAACAUUCGCCCGAAUUCACUACGAACAAUUAUUCGGUCUAAGUCCCACCAAAUUGUGCAUUCUUUCGUGGAUCAUCUCAUUUUUUUUGGCUCUUCCAUCAAUCACAAAUGGUUCAGUUGUAGUUUAUGGUCCGACAGUUCGAACUUGUGUUUUUUCUCACAAAGAUUCGGGCCUCAAAUUCUUGGUGUAUGCUCUGAUUUUUGGCGUGUCAAUUCCAGCCAUUUUCUCAUCCUAUGCUUAUUUUCGCAUUUUGCAAAUCCUAUUUCACAGUCCAAUUGUUUUCCAGUCUUUGGGACUUUAUAAGAGUCGAUUCUUGGUUUAUGCAUUCUUAUUGUGGUGAGUUUGAGGGGUCAAAUCUGCUCAGAAGAAUAUUCAGAAUUUCAAAUCAAAAUUCUGAAAUUUCCACACGUAACAUAAAAAUAAAUGUUACUCAAAAAAUGUUCAAAUUAAAGUUUAAAAUUCGAAAACAAGUGCUCAAAAAUGCCAAUUUCAGGCUCAUAAUUCUCCAAAAUUUUUGAGAAUUUCAGCUUUAAAAUAUCAUAGGUUGAAAUCCUCCAAAAAUUCCGCGCAUUUUUGCAGCCCUCUCUACACAGUUCCCUUCUACAUUCUAACAAUCUUUCCACCGGAUUCGGAAGUUCGAAAAGAUGACAAAUCAAUGUGGCAAAUCUUCUGCACAUAUUGUGCAUUCUUUCCGUGUAUAAUUGCUCCCGCAAUUUAUGGCGCAAGUCUAUUUAUAAUCAAAGAAGAGGAUAUGUCUCUGACGACGCGAACACACAAGGCUCCACCUGGAGCAUAUCAUCAUGUAGCAGGCCAACCACAACAUAGUAUGCAGGCACAAUUAAUUUAG